AUGGCUCUGUAUGAGGCUUUAUAUGGCAGGAAGUGCAGGUCUCCUGCCGGAUGGUUUGAAGUCAGAGAAGCAAACUUAUUCGGGCCACACCUUCUUUAUCAGGCUAUUGAAAAGGUAGACCUUAUUCAGGAAUGGUUACGCACAGUUCAGAGUCGUCAGAAAUUUUAUGCAGAUGUGGCUUAUGAAUUGGAGCUGUCAUUAGAACUGCAAGCAGUUCAUCCAGUUUUUCAUAUGUCCAUGCUGAGGAAAUGUAUUGGAUAUCCCUCCAGAAUCGUACCUGUUGAUGAUAUACAAGUUACAGAAAAUCUGACAUACGAGGAAGAACCAAUUGCUAUUAUCGAUAGACAAGUCCGCAGACACAGAAACAAAGAUGUGGCUUCAGUAAAGGUUCUAUGGAGGAGUAAAGAUAGGAAAGAGAUAAUAUGGGAAGCUGAAGCAGAAAUGAAGUUCAAGUAUCCCCAUUUAUUCCCUGCCACAGAUUACACUAUUCCGGAGGAAUCCUUACAAGAUGCUACUUUAUCCGCAAUUCAUUUGCAAGGUAAAAGUCAUAUUUAA